GUGUUGAAAAAGUAUCUGACUGGCGGCACGUGUGGUUAUGACAAAGACGGGUCCCCUGUGCGAGUGGAGCUCUACGGCCAUCUGGACAUGAAAGGGUUAAUGUACUCAGCCCGCAAGGCUGAUAUGGAAAGGGUUAAACUGAAGCAGUGCGAGGCUCACGUGCGGGACUGGGCGGUCAUGUCGAAAAAGGCCUGCAGAUGUAUCUUCAUCUAGUGAGAGUGUUGGAGGACAACUACCCUGAAAUGUUGAAGCGCAUGUUUGUUAUAAAUGCGCCACGCAUUUUUCCAAUUUUGUACAAAAUUUGCCGACCGCUUGUGAGUGAUGACACGAAGAACAAGAUUCACGUACUGGGAUCGGACUAUUCAUCCACUUUGUUGAAAUACAUCGACGCAGAAGAACUACCUGCGUUUUUGGGAGGAAAGAAAACAGAUCCUGACGGCAACCCUCGAUGUUCCACCUUAAUAUGCCAGGGAGGCAAUGUCCCCGAGGAAUACUACCUCAAUGAAGCGGAGAGUUCCGAACAUAUGGAGAGUACCACUGUGCCAAGGGGAGACAAGUUCAGUGUUGAUGUCGAGGUCACGAAACCUGGCAGCGUGUUACGCUGGGAGUUCAAGACAGACGGCUACGACAUCGGCUUUGGCGUGUUCCGAGUGGAAGGCAAGGAGAGUGUGGCUGUAGUGCCCGUGGAGAGGGUCAAUAGCCAUAUGGUGCCAGAGGACGGGAGCUAUACAUGUGAUGUAGCCGCUACUU